GUAGGAUGCAUAUCUACUCUCAAGUGACACCCUUAAAGGGAAUCCUUUCUUCUUUUCAGAUAUGAAUGACUGUGUUGGAUGCUCAGAAGAUCACUAUACAAACAGGAACCGAACAGAAUGCAUUCCAAAGUUAAUCAGCUUCUUGACUUUGGAAGAACCACUUGGGAUGAGCCUAGCUUUUGGCUCCGUUUUCUCCUCUUUGCUCACCAUAUUGUUCCUCGCCAGCUUUAUGAAGCAUCAGGACACACCGAUUGUCAGGGCCAAUAAUCGGGACCUCACCUACGUUCUCCUCGUGUCUCUCCUUCUCUGUUUUCUCUGUCCCCUGAUCUUCCUUAGCCGACCAGACAGAGUGACCUGCCUUGUCAGACAAAUGACUUUUGGUGUCGUUUUCACAGUGACUGUUUCUUGUGUGUUGGCCAAAACCAUCACCGUUGUUCUGGCCUUUGUGGCCACCAAACCAGGAUCCAGAAUGAGGAAAUGGGUGGGGAAAAGACUGGCAAGCGCCAUUGUGUUGACUUGUACUAUUAUCCAAGCUGGUAUUUGCACUGUGUGGCUGGGAACAUCUCCCCCAUUUCCCCACUUUGACAAGCACUCUGUGAUGGGAGAAAUCAUUCUGGAAUGUAAUGAAGGGUCAGCUGCCAUGUUUUACUGUGUCCUGGGCUACAUGGGCCUCCUGGCUAUUGUUAGCUUUGUUGUAGCAUUUUUAGCCAGGAAACUGCCUGAGAGCUUUAAUGAGGCCAAAUUCAUCACCUUCAGCAUGUUGUUGUUUUGUAGUGUUUGGAUCUCCUUUGUUCCGGUCUACCUGAGCUCCAAGGGAAAACACAUGGUGGCUGUGGAGAUCUUCUCCAUCUUGGUCUCCAGUGCUGGUUUACUGGGUUCCAUCUUUGCUCCCAAAUGCUACAUUAUCAUGUUGAGGCCUGAUCUAAAUGACAAACAGCAGUUAAUAAAGAAGAAAUAGCAAAAUA